ACUAGUGGAGGUGCUCAAAGCUCAUCAGACAUCCACGCGCAGUCCUUUCACCCGGACUAAACUAAACAUUACUUUGCAAUCAUCAUUUUAUUAAACCCAAGAAAAUAUUUAGCACUUAUUUUGAAGAGAAUAUGGGAAGAGAAACCGUUGCUUUGCACAUCAUCUGGAUGUAUUUUUUGAGUUUUUCUUGCAGUCUUUCAACCACUGUUUCUCCAACAUUGGAAACGAGCACAUUCAUAGGCAACAUCACAACCAACUCUACAGACUGGAUGGAGGAAUUCAGCAACAUUGAGUCCAAAUUUGCUCUGAGAACAAUCGAGGAACCGGAGGACGAUCUAUGCUACAUUGUUCCUGGCCAACGGGACACCAUUAAAGAGUGCAAUUUCAAUCCAGACAACAAGACUUUUGUAAUUAUUCAUGGAUGGACUGUCACUGGCAUGUAUGAGAGUUGGGUUACCAAACUGGUGACAGCUCUGUAUGAACGCGAGCCAGCAGCCAACGUCAUUGUGGUGGACUGGCUUGUCCGGGCACAGCAACAUUACCCAACCUCUGCUGCCUACACCAAGCUUGUUGGCAAUGAUGUGGCCAAGUUUGUCAACUGGCUACAGGCUGAGCUGGAGUAUCCAUGGGAAAAGAUUCACCUACUGGGUUACAGUUUGGGUGCUCAUGUUGCCGGCAUUGCAGGACUUCUCACAAGAAACAAAGUCAGCAGGAUCACAGGCAUGGAUCCAGCUGGCCCAAGCUUUGAGUAUGCUGAUGCCCAGAGCACACUUUCCCCAGAUGAUGCCCAGUUUGUUGAUGUGCUCCACACGAACACCCGCGGCUCACCGGACCGCAGCAUCGGCAUCCAGAGGCCUGUGGGUCAUGUGGACUUCUACCCAAAUGGAGGGACGUUCCAGCCUGGAUGUGAUCUACAGAACACCAUGAUGAUGGUGGCUACCACAGGGUUGAGAAACAUGGACCAGAUUGUGAAGUGUUCCCAUGAGCGCUCCAUCCACCUCUUCAUCGACUCUUUGGUCAACAUGAAGCAGCAAAGCAUGGCAUACCGCUGCAGCUCCAAAGAAACCUUCAACAAGGGUGUGUGUCUGAGCUGCCGCAAGAACCGCUGCAACAAGGUGGGCUAUGAGGUCAACAAGGUGCGCAGCCGCCGGAGUAGCAAGAUGUACAUGAAGACCAGAGAGAUGAUGCCGUACAAAGUUUUCCACUACCAAGUUAAAGUCCAUUUCUUCAGCAAGAGCCAGCUAAGCUAUACAGAUCAGCCCAUGAAGAUUUCUCUGUAUGGCUACUCUGGAGAGAAGGAGAACAUUCCCUACAUUAUGCCUGCUUUGAAAACCAACACCACCAUUUCGUUCUUACUCACCACGGAUGUGGACAUUGGCGAGCUACUGAUGGUGAAGAUUCUCUGGGAGAAGGAUACUAUCCUCAGCUGGCCCUGGUGGAACCCAGACACUUUCCACAUUCGCAAGCUGCGCAUCAAAUCUGGGGAAACACAGUCCAGAGUGCACUUCACUGCCAAGGAUGGUGAGUUCUCCUACCUUGCCCGUGGAGGGGAUGUCGCUGUGUUUGUGAAAGAUAAAGAAGCUCAGUCAAGCCGCAAAAGUGAAAGAUUGCACAAGUUGAAGAUGCAUGGCAGCUCAUUCAAAAAUACUGCCUUAGACGCUUAGAGAGGCCCUCGCUUGUCCAGCAUUUUGCCAGAAACUGAGGGGAACCUGCUGAAACCAGACAGGGAGAGAGACGGUGCAGUUUCUGUACAUUCAGAACCGAGCAAGAUGCAGAAUUGUAGCAAUUAUGUGACCUUCACCCAUAAGCACAUCCUGUAAGGAACCUUUACUUGUGAUAACCUUAAACUGCUGAGCAGUUUAAAAGAAAUGUUUAAUUUCUAAUUACCGCUAAGUAUUAUUGAUUAGCUGAACUGCUCACUGGAGCUCAGAGUAGAGCCAGAACUUGGACCCUGACCACUUCUCAUUGGCUGUAAAUAGGCAUGUGCAUGUUCAACAAACUUCAUGAAUGAAAUGCUGCUUGAGGUUUGUUUGUGGUAGAAAAAUCUGACCAAUGAGACCAGCAAUGAUGUUAUGAUAAUAGUGAUAGAACAAUCAUGCACAUGCCUAGAUGCUAAAUAUUUCUUUAAAUAAAAGAUAAGGAGUCCUUUAUUGUUAUGCAAUAUAUUUGUACGUAUAUGUAAGUAAACUGUUACACUGUUAUAAUGUGUGUAUUGAAUUUUUGUCAGCUUUGGUCAAACCUAAGCAAAAGUAAUAAACAAUGUAGGGAAAAAUGGGCAUCACGCAGGGUUUUACUCAGCUAAAAGGAGCUUGAUAAGUCUCAUAUUGACUGACUGACUCACUGAGUCACUAACUGACUGAUUCAUUGACUGAAUGAUGGAAUCACUAAGUCACUGACUGACCGAUACACUGAGUUACUGACUGAUUAAUCACUGGCUCACUGACUAGCUCUAAAGGUGAUUUCCCUGAUGAACUAGCUUAUUUCAUCUGUGAAAUUAAGCAGCAUGUUUAUUUCUUCUUAUCUGCCUACAUAGCAAUCAAAUACUGAGUGUACUUGAUUACAGUGAAGUAAUUGACACUGAUGUGACACUAGGCUCUGUGCAUAUCAUGGUGAAAUUUUAUAGAAUAUAAAAGACGUACAGCACUCAACAAUUCAGUGAAGCACUGUGUAAAAGCCUAUAUUCUACCUAGAAGAUAACACACAUAAUGCUGAACCUACAGGUCUUCAUGUAUUUAGCAGUCCAAUUUUUGUAUUUAAAUAGUCAUAAUAUGCUGACCACUUGCUAGCACGGGACCAAAUACUCUCUUGGCUGAAUCUAUAUACAGAACUAAUCGAUGUAAAUAUGUUUAAUUGUUCUGUAUUUGGAAAUAUGUAAGUUUAAGUUGUUUUUGUGUCUGUGGAGAAGUUACUGUGUUUGGCACAGGUCACUUUAUAGGCUUGGAUUGUCUUCCUGUUAGAUUCAUUUGUCACUUAAUAUCAUAGGCAGAAGUCCUUUUUCAUUUGCUCAAUUGUUUCCGAUUCACUGAAAAGAUCACUCAAGACCUAAAAUCUAUUAAAUGGGUAUAAGUGUUUGAGGCAUGCAAAAGUAUAGGUUUUGAUUCAUUUUCAGUAUGUAAUCGUGCAUUUAAUCUUGCCUUAUAAUGUGAUCAUUGCCAGACUGUGAAAAAAAGAAUUUUGAACAUUCUUCUGAAAACUUUCCAACAUGUACCAGAAACCGAGCCCUGAGGAAAUCAAAAACAAAAUAGCACUUGUGGAAAAAAAACAAUUCCCCCACAGCAGUCAUAAAUAUAGCAGUGUUAUUUAUUAAUUGUAUAUAUUUGUACAUUAGCCUUGUAUAAACAAUGUAUACCCUUGGGAUUAUUCAUCGUAUUAAUAUUCAAUGCACUGCAUAAAUAUAUUUUAAUAAAGAGUAUGUAUUCUAACUGUCUAAA